UUAUCAACAGUUGAGAGUCGGCGGUCGGCGGUUACCAACAAGACCACGAACACGCCAACCUCACUUUCUCAGUCUGAUUUUGACUCUCUUCUGACUGCACUGUCAGCAGGGAGCAAGCAGCCUAACUUGUCAAAGGGGUCAGGGCAUCGGCAACCGUGAAGUGAGUGUAAUUAUCUUACCAAAAUGGGCUGCCUCUCCCUCGUGUGGAGCAUUACAAAACUUUUUCUAGUAUGUUUGCUGAUUACCUUCUUACCUGGCAUACCCCCACAUGCUGAAUAUAAAGAGUACAGCGUCGCAAAACCAAAAUCCCUUGGUGCAGAAUUGUUGCAAAGAAGGCAUCUUGACAAAGCAGAACGUAUAUUUGAGGGGCAGUUCACUGGCCCUGAGGCCUUUGCUAUGUACAAUGGUAUAGUUUACACUGGAAUUCACGGUGGCUUUGUUGUUCGGAUCGAAGGAGGUGAAAUAAAGCCCGUAGUCAAAUUUGGUGAAAAUUGUGAUGAUAUUACUGAUGAACAUAUAUGUGGACGUCCCCUCGGUUUGAAAUUUGAUGCAGCAGGCAACUUAUAUGUAGCUGAUGCCUACUAUGGCAUUUUUAAAUACAAUAUCCAGACAGGUCAAAAAACCUUGCUAGUUGGUGCAAAUGAAGAAAUUGAAGGAAAGAAAUCUAAAUUCAUUAAUGACCUAGAUGUUGCUAAAGAUGGCACUGUUUAUUUCAGUGUCUCAAGCACAACUUUCCCACUUUAUGAUGGUCUUUUUGCAGCUCUAGCUCCUGGUGAUGGACGACUUGUCAAAUACGAUCCUCAGAGUAAAAAGGUGUCAGUCUUAGCAGAUGGCUUGCUGUUUCCCAAUGGAGUAGCUCUGUCAUCAAAUGAAGAUUUUCUUGUAUUCUCCGAAACUGUUAGUGCUCGUGUGAUGAGGUAUGAUCUGAAAGGAAACAAAAAGGGCACUGUUAGUGUGUUUGCUGAAGGAUUACCUGGCCUACCGGACAAUAUCAGAAUUGAUGGCCAGGGUGGUUUUUACGUAUCACUUGUUCAGAUUGCUGAUGAGUCUCACCCAGCAUUACCUGUUGUCCUUGGACCUUUCCCCAACAUCAGAAAGUUUUUGAGCCGUGUUAUUUUUCUCCUUGAACUUCCAUUUGACCAGAUCAACAAUUUCUACCCUAAUUACUUCUGUCGCCGUGCAAAACAUUUUAUUGGUCACUUCAGCAGCACUGCCGGUUUAUCUGAGAACGGUGUGAACAUUUUGAACUUGGAUUCCAAUGGUCAAAUUAGAGAUGCACUCAUUGGGAGAGAUGGAUCAGUAAAUCAUGUGAGUGACAUGAUUGUUUCUGGAGAUUACAUUCUUCUUGCGUCACCUUAUAACAACUAUAUUGGCCGUGUUGCUCGCCCCAAUGCACCUAACACAGUUCAUAUCAAAUCAGUGAGAUAUGAAGAAGCAAGCCCAGAAGACAGAAAGCAGGAUGAGCUGGCCGCAAAGAGAGCAGCUGAGGAAGUCAGAGCUAAGAAAGUAAGAGAAGAUCAAAUCAAGAGAGCUGCUGAAGAAGCUGAGAGGUCAAGGAAGGCUGCUGGAGAAGCUGCUCGCUUAAAGAAGGAGGCUGAGGUUGCUGCCCGAAAAGCAGCUGAAGAGUCAAAAGCUCGAUUAGCUGCUGAAGAGGCAAAGCAGAAGGCUGCCGAGGAAGCCAGAGCAAGAAAGAUUGCUGAAGAGGCUGCAAAGAAGGCUGCUGAAGAAGCAAAGGCAAGAAAAGCAGCAGAAGAAAACGCCAAGAGAGCUGCUGAAGAAGCUAAGGCAAAAAAACUGGCAGAGGAAGCCAAAAUCAAGAAACUUGCUGAGGAAGCCAAAGCAAGAAAGAUAGCUGAAGAAACAAAAGCAAGGAAAGCUGCUGAGGAAUUGAAGUUGAAAAAGGCUGCUGAAGAUUCAGCCAAAAGGAAGGCAGCAGAGGAAGCGAAAACCAACCGUGCUUCAGGGAAUUCUGGUAAAAAUUGAAGUACAUUAGGAUCAAUGUUAACCUAGUUAUAUUUUGUCACAGAUCUGCUUCAGUUUGCUCUAGUAUGUGCUUGAUACAGAAUAUAAUAAUGAACUCUCUUGGUUUUAUACUCAAAUCUUUCUCUCUAAAUUUAAGCAUUUUUUAAAGUCACUGUUUUUUCACAAUUUGUAUACUUAUUAACUGCUGUAUCUUUUGAAACUGCUCAGUUAGUUGGCUGUGACAUUCCAAAAUAUUUUACCUUGUUUCAGAAUAUAAUUCCUGUUUCACUCUUAUUUGUUUCUAAAUUCACAUUGUGCCUUGCUCUAUCGAACAAAUCAAGUGCCAUUGUGAUACUGUUAAAGUCACAUUUUUCAAGUUUUUGAAUCUCACAUUAUUGUGCCAAAAAGGAUGUGCACUUGACAGGCAAACAUAUUCUUAUAUAUGCAUUUCUAGAAGAUUUCACAUUCCUACUUUGUCGUCCUGUAUUAUUGAGAUGAGUCCUAAUUCUUUCCAUCUUACCCCUACGUAUCGAAGACAAUGUCUUUUAUUUAAUUGUAAUCAUUUUGUACUUUUGUUUUAAGGAACUUUUAUAAUGACUUGCUAAUGAAAACAUAUGUUCUCGAGUUUAAGUAAAAUUGUCUUAGUGACAUGGCAGCUCUCCACUUUAUAGUCAUGACCCUGCAAUAUCUUUAUGAACUAAAAAGCUUACCUAUUUACGCUAUUUUUGCUCAUAAGGGAGUUAAAUUUUCUGAUGUUUUACAUAAUAAGUACCUGUAUUAGGUUGCAUUCCAUCUGAUCAGUGUUUAAGUAUAGUCUUAAUGUGGGUGCUUGUGCUGGCAAACUUUUUUUUUUGAAAUAGUGCAAUUUGAUUGAUAGAUGUAUAAUUCUUAUCACAUUAUGUCCUAAACAUACGUGUGAUAGGUUGUGAUUUUAUAGUUUGUCACAAAUAAUAUUCUCUGAUGGAUGGGCGCUACUGCACUCAUUUUACCAUCUAGAUUAACUUUGCUGUGUCAUAGUUUUAACAUGGAAGGUACCCCUGACUGCCUUUAUAAUUAUGGUUGUUCUAAAAUUCAUAUCUGUUUUGUAUUGGUAUUAUGUUGUAGUUCUCUGCAAAUAAAAAAAGAAAAAACUUC